GAACUGAGCCUAAAUAUCGCUUUAAAUCGGUCGCCAUGUUUGCUAACGGUCACACGUCUCGUUGAGGACUUGUUGAGAAGAAGAAGAUGGUGAAGCAGCGGCCGGAGGUGAAGAUGUCUGGCGGAUGCUGAGCUUCAUCAGCAGCCGUCUCAUCCUCUUCAUCCGACCAUCCUCACACAGAAGAUGAAUAAAGGAGUCAACAUGGCCGCGGAGAGGCUCGCCCUGUAGCACCAGAGAAAUACGGAGUAAAAUAACAGAUGAAAUGGCGUUUAUGUCCCGGUUCUCCCGGUCCCGGAGCAGCUCCAGAUCCCCGAACCGAAAGGACUCUGAACGGGUAACGCCGAUCCUGACGGUGUCCGAGCUGGAGAGGCUCCUUUGUACGGGAAAAACAGCGUGUAACCAUGCAGAUGAAGUGUGGCCACGGCUUUAUAUAGGAGAUCAAGAUAUUGCAUCGGACCGUCGUGAGCUGGCCAAACUGGGCAUCACUCACAUCCUGAACUGUGCUCAGAGUAAAUGGCGCGGUGGAGCCGAGUAUUAUGCCGGGAUGAACAUCACGUACCACGGCAUCGAAGCCCACGACUCCCCGACCUUCGACAUGAGCGUCAACUUCUAUCCUGCGGCCGAGUUCAUCCACAAAGCUCUCACAAGCGGAGGUAAGGUGCUGGUCCACUGCACGGUGGGAGUGAGCCGCUCUGCGACUCUCGUCCUGGCGUAUCUGAUGAUCCGACAGAACCUGACGUUGGUGGAGGCCAUCAAGACGGUGAAGGACCAUCGAGGAGUCAUCCCCAACCGAGGCUUCCUCCGCCAGCUCAACGGGCUGGACGGCAUCCUGAGAGAGAGCCGGAAGACGUCACCGCAGAGCUGAAAGCCAAUGCAAAAGACACGCAAACACAAAACUGGAGGUAGCAGCUGGUCUGGGGAAGACGAGGGGGCCAAAUUAGCAGCAUCGUGUGAGUUUCUGUCACUGUGGCUCUGUAGCAGCAGCAAGGUUUGACUGAGUAGUGGUAGCUUUAUUCAUUCAUUUUUCUAUUUGUUAUUGUUGACAAGACUGAAAAAAACACAAGCACUUGAUAAUGAACUUAGCCUCCCAAAGGUCCUCAAAUUUGGUGAGACCCCCUGGACAGAUUUAUGAAAGCAUACCUGAAUUAAAGGUCAUAUACAGCAGAUUUUACCAUAGAUGUUUGCAUGUGUAUGUAAGGAAUAUUGCACAUGCAAACACAGCUAAAGUCUAUUUGGAGCAAACUUAAAAAACAUUUUUACAAUAUGAAUUUGAAAUGUAAACGCCCCAUGUAGCAUAAGCUGGUUGGUGGCACCAGUUUAAAAGACUACCCCUGUUUUUAAAUCUAAAUAUUUUUUUUAUUUUUAUCUUUCUUAUGAAACUUCAAAACAUUCCACUCCCUUUCAAUCUUAUUUUUACCAUCAAAAAAGGAUAAAAACUUAAGUUUUUCUCAACAACACAUUGGUUUGUGAUAGGCUGCGAAAAUGAUUUUAUUUUUAUUUCUCAAUUGUUUCCUUCUCUUUUCUAAAAAUUCACUUUUAGACUCAGAACAUCAACAGUAUAAAGGAGUACGUACCAGAUUAGUGUUCAGAGAUGGAGGUUAGCCCACAGCCGUCUUAGUUUGAUUUAUCUGAGGGCAAACUGAUCAUAAAGACAAUUUCUCGCUCCGCGAUUCUUCCCGGGGGCUUAAGUAUUUGCAGGUCUUCCCGCAACUUACUUUAUUAUUCCGCAAGUGUCAUUAAGAACAACUCACUCUAGUUGUAGCCCAGGUCUGAACCAGCACAGUUAUGUAGCCUGUCGAUUCUGAUAUUACUGUGUUUUCAUAAAUAUGUACACAAUGAUGAACUGUGAUGAUGUGAAAGCCGCAUACAGCAGUAGGAGUUCUGUGUUGACUUUUAUAUUUGAUAUUUGUUUGUGAUGAUCUGAACUUCAUCCAGUAGACAACAAACUGAAGCCCUUUUGGACUGGAGUACCAUAACAGGAGGGAGGAGGAGGAAUUAAAUAUUUAUUCAUAUAUUUUAUUCAUCAGUGAAGUAGUCUUGAAAUUAAAGGAACAAUAUAAAGCAACGAUACUUACUUGCAACUUCCCCAAGGCCACUGGAAACUACAGAAUGCCCUUCUAGUGUCUCUAUACAUAAAACAUCUAGAUUAAUUAUAAGUAAGUUCAAAUCUAUCAUUCAGAUAUACAUAGUUAAGUUUUAAAAAUCAGUCUGUAAUGGGUUUGAAUCAGGAGAGGUUAAAUGAGCAAUAUGAGGUGUUGUGUAUGUUUCUGUACUGAGACUUGAGGUUUUAUUUGAAGUACAAUUUCCUUUUAAAUUGUUAGAAAUUUCCUAAAGAUUAAAAAAGCCUCAAAUUUCAAAGACAUUACCAAAAAUUACCAACUUUUUAAAAUCCCAUAAAACUACCCCAAAAUUUCCUCAAACGUUUUAGUGAAUCUUUAUGGAAAAAAGCCUACAGAUAAAAAUGACACAUUUAAAAAAAAAACAUAAAAGUUACUGAAAUUUUAAGCAAAUUCCAACCAAAAUUUCCAAUUAAAUAAAAAAAAAUCCUACAACUGCCCCCAAAAUAUCAUGAAAAAUUAUUUAAAAUUUUAAAUAAAUUCCCUAAAAAAAUCAAAAAAAUUAUCUCGUAAAUUUCCAUAGAAUAUCAGGAAACUUUCUUAGGACGGAGAAACAACAUGCCCAUAUAAGGGCAUGCAACUGCAGGGCAGUGUGCAAACACAGAAGGAACACAGGGUGAGAGAAGGAGCAAGGUGUCAGUGCUGUCGAAGUUAAAACGUUAAAAAAAAAUCUGUCCCAGGCAAGUCAGACUCAGAAUUUUCAAUAUUUUAAUAAUUUCAGGCCCACAGUCCCAUAGUGCUCAGUUUUGACUGUUUCCUGAAUGUUUUCUUAUCCUUCAUCAACUAAAUUUCUCUUAAACCAGAUCUGAAAUCAUUCGCCGUCAUUGGCGUCACUAGUUUUGACCGAAGUUCCCCUGAUCAGAGUGUGUGAUGUGAAAUUCCUCCACCUCCCUUGAAGACAGUAAUCUGGUCCAAAUGGUGCCUCAGGCUCAUCGUACUCUGACAUGAUACUAAUAGCUGGUGAAUCCCUUCAACUCUACAGUGACUGUUAGCCGUCUGGAGUCGUGCUCUGAGUGAUAGUUUAAUAUGCCAGAACAUGAAGCAUUUAGAGUAGACCUGCAGUGGGAUGAAGAACCACUACCGUGCCAUCGUUAAAGCUACCAACUGCCUGAACCACAGGAGAGUACAGUGUACGGGCUGCACGCCAGUCUAACACAGUCCGCUCUCUCGUCCUGGUGUCAAACGAGGCUAACGUUCUCAUGCUACGAAAAACAAAAGAUCCGAUGCUGAAGUCCAAACCAGCGUUUCAGAUACCCUCCUCUGUGUUUCAUCAAUGAUUACCUCAAGUAUCACUUGGUAUCAGUUUCCGUGACUCGUGGUCUCUCUGUGCUGUUUAUCGACACUUUUAAAAGAACAAGUGACGGGAGAAGCACCGCUACUCAACUCAUGAGCAGAAAAAUGUAAAUAAAAAAUGUAUUAUUAUAGUGGGUAUGUACAGGAUGAGGAUAUUUAAAGGUGUCGUUCAUUUAAAGGGGGGAAAUUUACUCCGUGGUCUGCUGCUGAAAGUUACCGGAAAUGACUCGUAAGGAGAUUAGCUUAGCAUAGCAUAAAAGACUGGAAGCAGGGGGGGAGCUAGCCUGUCAAGCCCUUUUUUCAAGAUUCACUUCAGGGCUUUUAAUUCCUUUAUUUAUAAAGGAGGACAGUGGAUAAAGUCUUAAACAGUGAUGAGAGAGUGAGAAUGUCCUGUGGGAAAGGAGCCACAGGCCAGACUUGAAACCGGACCACCACUGUGUUCAGCUCUAAGCAAUCCAGCAACUCUAACCCUUGACUUUUUUAAAGUUUAAUCCUGUCUGUGUUGAAUUAGAUUGUUAAAAAAGACUAAAAAUAUUAUGAGAAAUUCAACCAGCCCAGUCAUGGAUUCUAUACCAAAGAUUGGAGGUCAGUAGGAAGUUGUGUGCCUGCAGUCAGCUGAAAGUGCUGAUCAAAACAAAACUAUUGAAGCUCCAAGUUGUUAGCACUCAGAGCCUGAAUAAUUUAUAUUAUCUGCAUAAUAUUGAUGUCAGCAGAUAUUAGCAGGGAAAGGUGAAUGAUGGGUAUCAGCAGAUAUUAAAAUUUCUGCUAUUUAGGCUUUAAAAGUCUGCCUGUGUCAGCUGUAAUUUUUGGUCGUUUAGCAUCAAGCUAACAAAACAAAAUUCCCAUCCCAGGGCAUUGGUGAGAAAAGCUAUAACUAUAACUAAUCGUGCUCUUAUUCUAGUUUCUCAUUUACAUAAAACAUCUAGAAUAAUUAUAAGUUAGCUCAAAUUUAACAUUCAGGUAUACAUAGUUGUUUUUAAAAGCGAUUUGUAAUGGGUUUGAUUUCAGAGAGGUUGAAUGAGCAAUAUGAGACGUUCUGAAUUUUAUCCUCCUGAAAUCCGAGCUUUUAAAUGUAAUGCAACUUCAUUUGUAAUAAUAAGAGAUUUCCAAAACAUUAAAAAAGCCUCAAAUUUUCAAGACAUCACCACAAGUUACCAACUUUUUAAAAUCUCAAAACUGCCUCAAAAUUUCUUCAGACAUUCCUCUACUUUUUUAAAUUAAAAAAGUCUGCAGAUUUAAAUAAAAAGACAACCCCCCCCAAAAAAAACACAAAAAUCUCUGAAAUUUUAAGCAAAUUUAAAAAAGAAAAUCUUAAGACCCCCACCCCAAAUUCUGUUGAAAAUGAUGAACUUUCUAACAAAUUCCCUUAAAAAAAUCCAAACAAUGCCCCUUAAAUUUACAUAAAAAUUCAGUAAAAUUUCAGAGGACGUUCUCCCCAAUACUCCAAUCAGUUUCCCAAAAGUUUGAAACAAAUUCCCUAAAUUUACAUUGAGGUACCCUUAAAAUAUCAAAGCCAUUUUCACACCAAAAAACAAAACUGAAAUCAAACUCCUCGUUAUUUGUAAACUUAUCCCCAAAGUUGUUGUAAAACUUGAAGCAAAAUACAUCCAAAAUUUCUAAUCAAAUUCCGAUAGAGAUUUCCAAAACAUAAUAAAAAUCCUCAAAUUUCCAACAUGUUACCAUAAGUUACCAACUUUUUAAAAUCUCAACACUGCCCCAACAUUUCCUCAGACUUUCCUCUAUUUUUUAACAUAAAUAACAUAAAAAUUUCUGAAAUUUUAAGCAAAUUCCCAAAAAGUUCUUAUGAAUUCCCCCCAUAUUCCAUGGAAAAUGAUGUAAAUUUUCUAACAAAUUCCCUUAAAACAUCCAAACAAUGUCCCUUAAAUUUUCAUAAAAAUUCAGUAAAAUUUUGGAGGACAUUCCCCCAAAAUUCCUGUAAGUUUACCAAAUGCUUCAGCCACUACGACUAGUAGCUAAUUCCCAAGCUUCCAGUCUACAAGCUAAGCUAAGCUAAUAGCAAGGAGAGCAGAUACUUCCAGGAAUGUCCAGCUGUUCCAUAAACGGGUUUGUAUCGUAGCAUUGGAAAUCAAGACACCACCAUCAUCAGUGUAACGAACAGUUGAUGUGUAAACUUCACCUCCAUCAGAGCCGGCUGCUUUGGGACUGAGAGUUGACCCAAAGGGCCACAUUAGAUCCUCCCGUAGCACUGCUGAAAAAAACACCACACGCGUUUUCAUGAUUGUUGAUACUUUGGCAGUUUUUGUAUAUUUGGAGUGAAUCAUGAAGUUGCUCCCAAAAGUCCAGAAUCAACCGGUUAAGACUCUUCUUUUGUUGAUUUAAGGUGAAGAAAAUAGAGUCAGACUCAGUGUUAAAAACAAUGAUGUCUUAGUGUAGCAGAAUCUGCUUUUUUACCAAUGUUUUCCUCAGUCUACUCGGCUAAAAAUGAGCUAAAAGUAUUAAACCGGUGAACUACGGAGAGUGUUUUAUGGACCGGGUCUUGAACCAUUUCGAUCUUUGCUGUAUUGACUCUGUAUGUUUUGUAUUCGUGGUUUUGCUGUGCCGUGAUUGGUCGUCGGUCUCCAUUCCUGUUUCUAUCCUUGUGAUAUCUUUGUUUUCUUACUGAGACCUUUCUAUAGUAAAACUUGAAUUCUUUUGGAUUUAUUUUUGUAUCACUCUCUUUGAGGUUCAUGAAGAAGAAACUGGCAAAGGAGAUGUUGAUGCCUUAAAUCUGUGUACUUGCAGUUGGUUUUUAGACUUUUCUGUCUGUUUUUAUUGUGAAUAACACCGAGCAUUUGAUAAAUUCUGUACUUAAUCAAAAAUAAAACCUUCUCUCAUA